GCGGCCCGGCGGAGCGGCUGCUGGAUAGCCUGGUGCCAGGCAAUCCUGCUCGGCGUGUCGGCGCUGGUUAUCGUGGCCGAGCGGAGCGCACGUAAGUGGGCAGCUAGCUUGCCGGUGGCGAUCGCGCUCCCAAGUUAAUGCUUUAUCUAAAAAAUAAAUAAAUAAAUAAAUAAAAUAAUAAUAAUAAUAAUAGCAAGACGACAAGUUUCAUUACACCGUGGAGGUUUUAGCUACAUUCAUGGAAGUGUGGCCUCUGUAGCACUGUCACGAAGCUUUAUAUUCAGGUGGAAACACAAGGUGAAGCUGUUAUUACUAGUGUGAACAGAGAGCCGAGGCUUUGUUUACCACAGCUGGAAACUGGUGUGAACGCCUGAAGGUGUCCCCCAACAGCUUCACCUAUCAUCCUACAUCCUACCACUCACCACAAACAGCGUUUAUAAAAACAUAUAUAUUAUUAAAAUCCUUAAAAUUUCUAAAAAAAAAAAAAAAAUGUAGUCCAUAUUAAACAAAAUUAGCUUUCGUGCUGUUCUCAUCCCACCUGUAAUCUGUCAGCUCAGUCUCCCUGAACAAGCGGAUCAAUGACCCAAGGUCAGGAUACCAGAAAGAUGACUGGAUCUGUACAAAGUGUGACUUUGUGUUCUGCAGGUAUACCAUUCCCUGAAGAUAAAAAUACUCAGCUGCCGGCUGGACUUCUGCCGAUUCCUCAUUUCCGAGCAACAUCAGUUUAUGUAACAAAUAUUUGAAGUUUGCAUCAAAGCUGGUAGACAGACAGCAUGACUGCACUCGUGGGAGAUCUUCUUGCUCGUCGCAUUCUGUGCAUUUGGCAAUAUAUCCGAACAUACGCAAUGCUUUAAUACAGUUCACUUCAAUUACUUUUAUUUAUGUAGUGCCAAUUUGCAACACAUGUCAUCUCAAGACACAUUUCCAGGCAUAUGAAAAGACAAACCGUUCACAUAUUCAAAUCCAGUUCCAUCCUGGUUGUAAAACAUUGCAGUUAAAUUCAGUUUGUAAUGCCAAAUGGUAAAAAAAAAAGAAAAAAAAAUGCAGAAAUCUGUCCCACUGAUAAAGCAUGCUUUGUGCAUAAUGACCUCUUACCUCAUUUCAUUCUGGCACUCUGUAAGUUCCAUUUGCACUUUAAAUUCUUGCAUAAAACCUGCAUUCUGCUCGUCUUUUGUUUGCGUGCGUGCAUCAGUGAUCUACUGUAUAGGAUUCUACCUUUGGAACGAGGAGACGCAGUGGGCAGGCCUCACACUCGGCCUCUUCCUUCCUGGGACAGCAGUCCAGCUGCUAAGUGUGAAGUGGUACUAUGAUGACGGGGAUGAAAGGCGGUGCUACCUCUCCGUCAUACACGUGCUACACUUGGGCAUCUUCAAAAGGUUGUGGGACUGCAUGAGGUCCGUGCUGCACAUGCAGGACUCUGUGGCUGAGCUUGGUGCUGCCGUCAUGCAGCAGGCAGACGUCGCUGCCCUGUGGCUGCUGGAGGCGCUUGUCCUAACUCUGCCUCAGAGCUUGCUGCAGGCGUAUGUGGUCGUAUCUACAGAUGUGGGGAUAAUGUCACCAGUGGCAUAUUGCUGUGGACUAUGCGUGCUGUCCAUUUCCUGGGCCCUGGUGCUGUACAGCCGAGCCUGCUGCCUGAUACGACCAGGCCACUUGGCCAUGCCACCAGCAGCCCUGCUGUGCCAGCUGGUCUGGAGAACAGGCAUGUUGGGAGCCCGGGUGACCUGCCUCAUGUUCUUCGCCAGGGUCUUCAACUGGUGGGUCUGCGGAGUAGCAGGUUUUCACUGGCUCACAGCCUCCUUCUGGCUGGUAUCACAGCAGCCCGACAUUUGCACUGGUCACUGGUGUUGGCGUGCCUUUAACGGCGUCCUGGGGCUCAUCCACGUCUUCCUCUUCCUCAACGUCAAAGACGGACCCUCGCGCUUUCGCAUGGCCAGCUUCUAUGCAUUCAUGCUCGUAGAGAAUGUGACUCUGCUGCUGGCCGCCUCCGACUUCCUGAGCGAAGCAUCAUGGGAUAGCAUGACCCUUCCCACUUCUGUGCUGUGCAGCUUUUUCCUCGGAGCCACCUCGCUGGUCCUGUACUACCGGUUCCUCCAUCCCAAGUCCACAGAAAUCUCCCAAGGUACAAACCGGCAUCAGAUGGGCAGCACAUGCAUAGAGCAAGGCGAGUCUUCCUUCUCUCUUGGCGACAAAAGUCUGCCGGCAUCUUCUGUCCAGAAUCACGGCAGCUUCUCCCUGUCUGGCGUAGCUGGCUCCCUGCUGGAGCACCCGGGAAACUGUCAAGGCCACUCCAACAGCUCCUGCCCUUGCUUCCACCACCACUGGCUCCUCAUCCGCCUGGCCCUGAAAACCGGCGAUCUCUGUAAAAUCAACAGGGCGUACGGAGCCGGUGGGCCGGCGGCCAUACUGGACAUGGAGGAGUACAACCAGGAGUUCAAGAGCAACGAGGGCAUCACCUUUACGGCUGGCGGCAGCUGUGAAGGGGUGUCCACCUCCGAGUCCCAGGGGAAGGGCCUGGCUCCGCUCUCAGACUGCAAAGACGAGUUCCAGAGCGUAAGCGAGCCCACGUCGACCGAGCGACCCGAGGGAGAGGACGACAGUCUGGAGAUGGAAAGCCCCAUGGAGUCGCCCACGUCGGAUUUCAAACGCAGCUCCCCGGAGGGCAAGUCGGUUUUCGGAGACAGCCCGGAGCCUUAUUACUGCCCUACUGAAUCGAGUUCCACCUUGUACUUCAGUGCUGAUCCCCAGUCCCCCAGCAGCGCCAGCAACCCCCGUUUGGACCGGGACAUCGGGGGUCUGGAACAGGGGGUUCGGCUCAGCUCCAUCCCCAGUGAUCCUGCCCUGCACAGAGACGUGCGUGGACUCAUGAGCCGCGUCGGGCCACGCUGCACCUCCACUCCCAAGCUGGACUGCGGGGUGUCGGAUUCUCCCCCCAGCGUCCCGCAUCUCACUGGUCCAAGGAGGCAGCUCAUACUGUCCCGCAGAGAUGAAGAUAAUACCUUCUAGCUGUCUUGUGGCACAAUCAGGGAACGAGUUAAGAGCAGCAGCAGCUUAUCCAACGUUAACGGAGCAACACCAGCUUUAUAAGAGUCGUAGGGGUUAGAGCACUACAUGCAGUAGGGAACCUAAAAUAAUCCUAAAAUAACAUCUAUUUUUCUCAUAACAUUAACCAUUCUUAAAAAUGCAUUGCUUCUAAAUGUUGGAAACACAGAAACUAUCUAUGUUUGUUUUCUUUUUUUUUUUAAAGGAAAAUCUGACAUUCAAGUGACAGUAAUGGUGUGUGAUCACGCCACCAGCCCCAGUUUCAGUUCAUAUUUAUGCUAUUGUUUGGCAGCUAAACUUUGGAAUUAUACUGUGCAAAAAAAAAAGAAAAAAAAAAAAAAACGAAAAAGAAAAAUUGCUUCCACAUGACUGUGAUUACUUAAUAUGAAAGCACAGUGCUUUUCAAACGUAUGCAUACCCCUUGAAAUUGUUUGCAUUUUGAAAGUUUACAACCACAAACUUCUUUUUGUGGGAUUUUUUAUGCGUGUACAGAUUUGUGAAGUUAUUAUUAAUUUCCUUAUUUCUUUUUUUUUUUACACCUAAAAAUCAGGAACGUGUGAUUUGCUUUUACCCAUUGAUAGUGUCAACAACUCUGACCAGCUUCCCUGUUUUUGCUGAUGACAAACACCCCCACAGUAUGACGCUAGCACUGCCGUGUUUCACAGUGAGGACGAUGUUUUCAGGCUGAAUGCAGUGGUAAUCUGCUGCAGGAUAUAUUCAUUUUGUUGUCAUUUGAAUUUCUUACACAUAUUAAAGGGGUAUGAUUGCAAAUGCACAGCAGACAUUUCUCAUUUUUAUUUGCAAAAAGAAAAAAAAAAGUUGGUCUGUCACAUAAAAUUCCAAUGAACUGCAUUGAAAUUUGUGGUUGCAGGAUGACAUAAUGUGAAAAGAUUCAAGGGGUGUGAGUAUUUAUUCAAAGCACUGUACCCGUUAGUUUGGUUUAAAACAUUUUAUCAUAUGCAGCGACUCGGCUCUGAAACGAGCGAAUUUCAGCAAGUCAUACUGAAACAUUCGUAUCACUGCAGCUAUUUGAUGACAGAGUGCAUAGAUCUAGCAGUGAGUGGAGCAUCUGACCUCUGAACCUAUCACAAUGUAAGCCAUAGCUUCUAUGGCUUCUUAAAAGCACAACUAUUUUCAGUAUCGUCUGUUUCUGCUGCAAUGCUGUUUUUUUCUUUUUCUUUCUUUCUUUAACGUAAAAAAAUAAGACUUCACUACAUACAUGUGAUAUUAAUAAGCUGUGUUUCUCAUGUGGUGUUAAUUGGCAUUGAGCAGAAAACUGUGAUGUUUUUAUCUUUUUUUUUUCUGUUACAUGUUGACCAUGUAAUUGUUAAAUAACUUAUUGAACUAACAUUAUGUUGUAAAACAACAAUAACGUCUCAGGCACAAAUUCAUCUACUGUGAGACAAAAUGAAUCGUGUGCAUAUGAGACAUUUGUGGUGACUUUUUUUUUAUUUAUUUGCUCUUGAUUGCUCUUUUCAGGUGACAAACUUUUAUUCGAAGCACUGUUCUGAGACAGGAAAGCAGUGUAACGAUGCCUGUGUGGCAUUUUAAAAUAUGACGUCUGAGGCCACUGGUGGCUUGAAAUACGCAAUAAACAGCCUACAUGUUUGA